GAUAUUGAGGACAUAAAGUCCUUGAAUGGUGAUGAGUGAGUGGUGAGAUUAGCCAGGUUGUCAAGCAACAAACCGAUGCGAGAGCGGCCGCGCCCAGGUCAAGCAAUGGAGAAGACGCUCCAGUCGAGGAGCUGGAGAUGCAGGUCACCAACUUUUUGGAGAGCCUGAACAUGGACCUAAAAAACAUCUCGGCAUGGGGAACCCCCUCCCCCCGCGAAUACUGACGUAUUCAUGAAUGAACACCUCACUAAAAAGAAUGGCACCAUUGCAAAAGAGGCUCGCUUCUUGAAGAAGCAAAAGAAAAUACAAUCAACCUGGACAUGGAAUUGUGCUGUGUUCAUAAAACGGAAAACGGAACGGAUCUACACCCGAGGAAGGAAAGAUCAUAAAGGAACAAUAUUGUUUGGGCCGACUUGUAAAGAGAAGAACUUUGAAAAUCACCACCAACUGAUAAACUACAGAACUCCCUGAAUUAAAAAAAGCACCUUAUCUGAGGAUUUUUUUUACUAUGAGGUGGCACACACGAAGACCUCAGAAGUUACUGAAGCUCACUGCUGCACUGGGGUCCCUGUGUAUACUUUUCCUCCUCAUUCAACUGAAUGAGGAUGACAACCAUAUGUACAUCUUCGGAUACAGUGAGUUGGAGUACUCAGCUGAUGAUGGUCCAGAGAAAGGGUGCAACUGUACAGCAAUUUUUCAGGGAGAUCCAGAAGCACUGGAUCAGGCCAAAUUACUCACCAUCACUAGAGACUUCAAAAACAGUAUUCAUAUCCCUGAUGAGUAUUACAUAAAUGCAACUCAGGACUGCAGGAGCUUCAAGUUAAGCAGAAAAUACAUAACAUUCCCAUUGAGCAAGGAAGAAGAGGAAUUUCCUAUAGCUUAUUCCAUGGUUGUACAUCACAAGGUGCAGAACUUUGAAAGACUACUACGAGCCAUCUAUGCACCUCAAAAUAUUUAUUGUGUCCAUGUAGACAAGAAAUCUCAGGCCUCAGUGUCCAACGCCGUCCAGGCUAUUGUUUCCUGCUUCCCCAAUGUCUUCCUAGUCAGCAAGGCUGUGAGCGUAACUUAUGCUGCUUGGCCACGUGUCCAAGCUGACCUCAACUGUAUGGCUGAUCUUUACAAUAGAAGCACAGAAUGGAAAUACUUCAUCAACCUUUGUGGCCAGGACUUCCCACUGAAAACCAACUUUGAAAUGGUGAAAAUGCUGCAAGGACUGAGGGGUGGUAAUAGUUUGGAGUCAGAAGCCUUGCCUUCAGAUAAGAAGUGGAGGAUCAGUUAUGUACAUCAGAUAGUUAACGGGACCAUCAAGAAUACGGGGAAGGUGAAGGAUCCGCCUCCUUUUGACCUGCCCAUUAUGUCAGGAAGUGCCUACAUAGUAGUUAGCCGAGGCUACAUCCGCAGUGUGUUGGAAGACGGCAAAAUACAGUCACUCAUUGAAUGGUUCAAGGACACUUACAGUCCUGAUGAAAAUAUCUGGGCCACCAUUCAGCGAGUUCCUGGUGUUCCUGGCUCACGGUGGCCCCACCGUAAACAUGACAUGACGGAUAUGAAUGCAUUUGCCCGGCUGGUGAAGUGGGAUUCGCACGAAGGCUCACAGGAUUCGAUGAAUGCGGUGUACCCAGCGUGUCAGGGCCACCAUAUGAGGAACAUUUGUGUUUAUGGCACUGGAGACUUGCAGUGGUUGAUUGAGCAGCACCAUUUCUUUGCCAAUAAGUUUGAUACAGACAUUGAUCCUAUUUCUGUGUACUGCUUGGAGACAUAUCUCAGGAAAAAAGCUAUAGAUGCAAUAACAUAAUUUGACUAUUUUUCUGGCAUCCUGCAAUUGCAUUUAUUUAUUGCUACAAAUGUUAAUGCAGCUGUAAUAGGACCAGUUGUGUCAGUUGUAUGAAGCUUCUCCAAAACCUAAAGUAAAUUAAUAUGUAGUUUAUUGUGGAAAAUGUAUUUAGAUGCUACUUUGGUUAUUAGCAGUGGAUAUGUUCAAUAUAAUAAGAAAACACUGGAAAGAACAAAUCUAGUGGGUGUAUGAGGGAACAGUUAGAAAAUGUGUUUACCAGAAAAACAGGUUUUUAUUUUUAGAGCCCAAGCACCAGGUUGCAAGGACCCUACUGAAAUCGCGCUGUUUAUUUUAUUAUUAUUAUUAUUAUUAUUAUUAUUAUUACAAGCGCUUUUUUCAGAGCUUUGCCAUACUCCAAAACUCACCAAAUUUUGUACACCCAUCAGGUCUGGCGAAAAAUGUGAUAUUUUAAGGGUGCCUCAAAUGGCCAUGAAAAAAUGGCUCAUUUGUGCCUCAUUGAAAAUUGAAAAACUUGUAUGAGUUUGGCCUACAUGCACGAAAAAUUUUAGUUUUAUGUAUAUGGAUGACCUGCACGGAAAAGUCUCAAGGACCCAUAUUCUUCAAUGUACAGGAAUUUCUGCUAAUGUGCACUUUUAAACACAGUAUUUAAAAGUGCUAUAUAAAUAUGGUUCAUCAUCAUUACCAUAAUUACCUAAAAAGACAAUAUUGCAAACUUAUGCUAGAGAGCAGUGAAGCAUUUGCUGUUAUAUGUGUUAAACUUUUCUAAUAUAUGUAAAUAUAUCACAUAUAUAUGUUGAAAUGUGUCCACUGUGUCAUGUUCCACCCCAUCAUGGAAACAUUGAUGACUGGGUGAACUAUGACAAGGUGGACAUUUAUUGCUACUUUUAGCUUUAAAUGAGCACAUGGUGGGUCUUCAGCUAGCAAAGUGAUUUAAGUGUUGAAGGUGACUGCAUACCGUUUAUCAAAUAUAUUAUGAGUUUCUGAUUAUUUAAAAAAUAUUAAUAAAUAAUAAAUAAUGUGGACACAUUAAGCUUGAACACACCCAAUUACAAACACAAUACGAUGAAAACUGGGAAAUAUAAGGCGGAGUUUGAUGUAUUUGCGGCAGUUGACCAAACUCCCUGUUAAGAAAGAUAAAAUGGUGUUGAUGAUGUUACCAAUUGCAUCAGUCGAUCUGUGAGAUGAUCAGUUACCCCAUAACAACAUGGUAGCUUAUAUACGACCACCAACUGGUCAUUUUACGACUCUUUUCAACAGAGGUGAAUGCAUAGGGCGUUAACAAGGCAUUCAAUAAAUGUUCAUCAUGGUCGCUGGAAAAACAAAAUUCUCCUGUCUAGACAGAGACUGGAGACAGAUUCUAAUCUAAUGAGUGGCAGACAGUGGUGGACAGUAACGGAGUAAAUUUACUUGAGUACAUUUACAAGUACAUAUCCAGAGGAUUUGUACUUUACUUGAGUAUUCGAUUUCUUUGGUACUUAUUACUCUUACUUGAAUACAUUUCCAAGACAAAUAUUUUUACUUUUACUCGAGUAAAUUUCUAGGAAGGCUGAAAAGUACUCGUUACUUUCAGGUCUGCUCUUUUUUCUUCUUCCCUAAAAUCCUAUUGGACACAAGCUGUUUUUGUCAAAGGAGGAGACCUAUCACAGUGCACGCUCUCCACUGGGAUGUACGUAAAGCAGAAAUACGUCAAGCCUCCUCAAAACGUUACCGCCAAAGUAGCCUGCGUUUGUCAAGACAGAGCCGCAACAAGUCAAGACAGAGCCGCAACAAUGGCUACACCUGCGUCAGGAGAAGAAAGACAAUCCGCUGAGUCGUCUGAGUCUGAUAAUGAACCGGACUCGGAGCAGAGACUUUCACAAAAUCCUUGGCCGUAUCUUAACUCAAUGUUUGAGAAAAAUAUAGUAAUUUACUGAUGUGGAAAAUAAGAAAUUUACUCUUACUCUUACUUUUACUUAAAGUAAAUUUAAAAGCAUUUACUUUUGGAUACUUAAGUACCUUUAAAAGCAAGUACUUUUUUACUCUUACUCGAGUAAUAUUUUGACUGAGCUACUUUUACUUGUAACGGAGUAAAUUUUGACCAGUAGUAUUUGUACUCUUACUCAAGUACUGGGGUCGAGUACUGUGUCCACCUCUGGUGGCAGAUAGGUGUUUGUGACACUUUUUAGAAAUAAGGCUGUAUAUCUCAGAAUGAUUCAUGUUUUUUUCAUAAUUUUUCAAUGAAUGGAUGAUUUUUUACUAUUUUUUUAACCAUUAUGGAAGGAUUUGCUGUAUGCAAUCAGCAGAGGGGAGCAGGGGCGGACAUAGCAUUUUUGGGAGAUGUGGCCUUCGGUGUUAGGGCCUGACCAAGGCUGCUUGCAGCUUUAAUUUGUAUUGUUUUUGUUUUCCCUGUGCUAUUACAAGGUCAUUUUAAAAUGGCACAGGAGAAGUGGAUUUCAAUUGUCAUAAAAUAAAAAAGUUCUGAAAAUGUUCUGUAUGCUGUUUAUCAGGGAAU